UAAAGCUUUAAUUUUUUUCCCCAAACCCUAACCCGCGCUCCACUUUCCAAUUCCCUUUAAAACGCGUAUCUCUUCUUUUACUAGCAGUGUCAGUUUCCUUCUGAAACCCUUGCUGAUCUUCAAUCUCUGCACCAUUGACGUUCUCUGUUGCUCCAUCUCUGCGCCAUCUCUGUUCACCGAGCCGUAGAUCCUUGCAAUCGACUCACAUCUCUAAGAGCCGUUUCUGCUGCUUCUUCUCCUCAAGUUGACAUUCCCGUGGAAUUUAGCAAAUUAAUUAAAGUGCAGUGUCUGGAAAGCAAGAGAAACUUCCUAAUUGCCAAUAUAUUUGGGCACAUGCAAAGAAUCUUUUGGCAUUAGGAAAGCAAGAGAAAGUAGAGAUGCCCUUUAGCCUAUUCAAUUGUGAACAAGUGGACUUCAUUGGCGCAGAGCAGUUUAAAGAAGUUACCCAUCACCAAAAAAUAAGUGCAUCAGUUGUAUGUGUGUAUAUCAGGUUUUUGUAUGAUCAAGUUCUGCUCCCAAACAAUUUAGCUGAGAGGUUCUGUUUUUUAUCUCCUGUCAAAUUAAACAUCUAUGAAACUAAACAAUCGCAGUUUAUAUCUGAUGCGCUCUCAGCGAAUGAAAAUCCAAAUAGAAUCUUUUCCACACCUUACAAUUGUGGGGGGCAUUGGGUGUUGAUUGUCAUCAACGCCUCAGAUGCUUCUAUAACAUAUUAUGACUCAAUGCGCGGUGAUCCAAGAACUUACACAGCCAUGAAAAACUUGUUUGAUUCAGGUUUAAUGACUUAUCGCGCUCAAAGAGAACAUGUGUUGCCCAAAAAGAAAUCAAACACCAUCAACUGGAGCUCUGUUAAGUGCCCGCAUCAAAUGAAUGAUGUAGAUUGUGGUUAUUAUGUAUUGAGAUACAUGAGGAGUCUGAUCCUUUAUGAACUCCCACAUCCUGUAGAUAAGGAUGCUUAUGACUUAAGUUGCAACUUCUUUAGUCAAGAUCAAGUGGAUGAGAUAAGGGAGGAGUGGUCUUCCUAUGUUCUUCAGAAUUUCAUUAUGAAUAAGUAGCACAAUUUUUUAUUGGGAUGAAAAAAAAGGUUUGUUGCUGAAUGGAAGUUCGAUGUUGCCUUUGCUACUGAGAAGGAAGACUAACUGCAAGGAAACAAGUUCACUGGUUGUUUCAUUUGGAAAAAUGGUAAUAGACUAUGCCUACCAUGAGAGGAAUGCCACUUACAAUGUAGUUGUUGGUAUCUAGUUUCCGGGAUCUUAGAUCUAUGGAAUUAGUUUAUGGACAAUUUUUAAUUAAUUUGGUUUCUAAGUGUAGUUUACAAUCAAUGUCUGUUUAUUUAGUUUGUGGGUAGAAUUUAUUUGAGAUCUCAGAACUAUAUGGAAUUUGUUAUGGUUUCAGCAAAUAUAUGGAUUGAGUAUCAACUAUGAAA